GGCAGAAAUAAACACUACUGCUAGGAAACAUCCAAACAAACGGGAAAAGGCUAAGUAUACGUGGCAUCCUUAACUGUUUGCCACAUGUUACUUGAGGUCCUAGGUUAACUGUAACGAAUCAUCCCGUCUAUAAACCAAUCAAGUUUCAUUUCAUUCGAAAGAGAACACACACAACACAACAGUGUCAUCAAACAAAACACAAACUUGAAAAACUUAAGAACCAUGGCAGCAACAAUGUUGACAGGAAACACACUCUUCCAAACCUCAAAUUCAUUCCCUAAUGUCCCUUCUCUCUCCCUUCCAAAACCCUCCAGGAUCUUCUUAGCUUCCAACUGGAGAAAUGCAUCAGAAGGAACAAAAAACAAUUCACUGAGUUGGGCUUACACUUCUUCUACAAAGACAAGAAUAUAUGCAGAUGGAACAGCUGACAAAGCCAAAGAAACGGUGAACGCAGGCAUAGAUGACAUCAAACAAUUUGGACAAGAUGCAAAUGAAAAGACAAAGGACGCUGCAAGUUCAAUUGCGGAUAAAGCAAAAGAAGACACAGACAAGGCUGUUGAGGCAGUAGGGAGUGCUGGAGAUAAGGUAAAAGAUUAUGCUUAUGAUGCAAAUGACAAAACCAAGGAAGCAAUAGGUUCUGCUACUGAUAAGGCAAAAGAAGGAUUUGAGGCAGCAACGAAGAACACACAGGAGGCUGCUGGGUCAGCGACAGAGGCUCUGAAGAAUGCAGGAGAUCAGGCAAAGGAGGCGGUGGAAGGAGCAUUGGACGCGGCCAAGAAUGUCGUGGCUGGGAAGGAGUAAGGGAUAUUAAUGUAAAAAAUAAUGAAUUAAGGCAUUAAUCAAUCGGUAUUAUAUUAUAAUGCUGUGAAUUUAUGUUUCUCAACUUUCAUAAUACAGAUAUGUUUGUUAACA